AUGAACAGCCUUUUGAACUAUGUUGGUAAACUUGGUCUCAGCCUCUUAAUCACUAUUCUGCUUCCAUCCGUCCUUAUAAUUUUUUCACUGAUAGGUUUAUUUUUCCUACUUGUGAGGUACUUAGCUGACUGCUUCAAGGAGUCCGGCGAGCAGAAAUAUGCGAUGCGAGGGUGGCCAUCUCGUCUGGGGGCAUGCACACUGGGCUUUGGUGGUUACAUUGCUUUGACAAUUGCGAUUGUCUCGAUUAUUCUUUUAGUCGUUUACUUCAUUCUUGCUUUUACUUCCAUGUAUAUCUGCGUAGGUCUAUUUGAAGACGAGGAACUGCGUGUCUUAUUUGCCCUUCCUAAGCAGGAAAUCCGCAUUAAAAUUGCCACGAGGAACAUAACACUAACACUGCAUGAUACACUGUACAAAUGUAGGAAUGAAUACAGUUUCUUUGAUGCUAUAAAUGGUGAACAGAUAUGGGCCAAAAAAGAGCUCAAAAGCGUAGGUUGCCCUUCGAUGCGCAAUACGAAUACUAAAGAUUAUGAUGCAUUUUCUUUACCACAUUAUAGAAGCUGUCGGCAUUGCGUAAAACUAGUUUUCGAAGAACAAUUCGUAAUUUUCAAAUCAACGAAACACUGA